AUGUCCCACACUUCACCCGCCACAUACCUUGUUUGGGCCAUUUUGUCAUCCCUGUUGGGCAUCUUUCUUGUCUUCCACCUUUGGUCUUUCGACCGCUUCAAAUGCUUGAAAUGGAACACCGGACCUACUUCUGGUGCCUUCAAGCGCGUCAUGACCUACUCGUAUCUACUAAGUGUACCGCUUAUUAUAUCGUACUCGAUUGGCUUCUCGAUCAUCAAGUACCAGGAGGGUUACACAUUCGUUCCCGGGCACGGAAUUAUUCCCACCCCGUACCAACUGUGGUCGGAGACAAAUCGCAGGGCGAUAUUCCCACUAAGUCUGUUGUUCUCGAUCGCAUGGGGUUUGGAGAUGGUGACGCACCUUGAGGAACUGUGCUUCUGGUUAUUCCUCGUCAAUGCGGGGUCAGCUUCCCAGGAUUGGUUCAAGAGCUGGUAUUUCAGAACGUGGUUGCUCGGGGCAUGCAUCGCCAUCGUGUACAUGCCGCUCGUGACGAUCUUUACACGUUCCGACCCUCUGAAGAACGAGGCGUUCACGUUCUUGGCUGGGAGCUUGGGCAGCUUCUCGCUGACGUUGUGGUUCUUGCCCGUACUGUGGACAUUUCCGUCCUUCCUCGCGAAUCUCAAAGCCGAAGGUGUGGACAUGGGCACUGUCGUUCGCUUGACCAAGUUCUCGGAAAUGAACUCCAUCCGCGUUCUAUUCCGUUUCAUGUUCACCGCUCCUUUCAUCGUGUUGGGGAUCGACGGAGUUCGGAACCAUCAGCAUGUCAAUGAGAGCGCUUUUUGGACUGACUUGCUUGCUAUCAUCGCUGCGAUGGGAUGUAUCAUCUCAUCUGGGCUGACGCUGGUCAUUUUCUUUCCUCGGUCGAUUGAGGGAGAGAUCCAAGCGAAGGAUGUAUCCCGUGAAGAAAAGGCUCUUCGCUCCAACCUGGGACGAACACGCUCUUUCCGCUCGCAGUCACAGGCGGGCACAUAUCUCCUCUCUGGCUCACCUGUCAAGCACUUGUCGAGCCUGCCAAGCGAGUACCAGGAUGCCGACAAGAAGUACGACGUGAACGAGAUUGGCUCCUCCGUGGUGUAUUCUCCUUAUGGCGAUUUACCGUACGACGGUCGCACUCCCUACCCGCCCCAGCCCACGAAAGUUUCGGCGGUUCCGCUGUACAAGCCUAAUCGACGAUUGACUGACGAAGAGGGAGGUGGAGUCGAGCUGGGUAACGUCAAUCUAACCGAACGCAAUCUCGCUUUGCACACUCAGCGAACGACUACCGUCAAUCCUCUGAUUCACGGGUUCACAUCACCAAUAGAUUUGGCGUAUGGCCCAGCUCCGACCAGCCCGCGGUAUCCGAAAGGCCCUCGGUAA